AUGAACGAUAAUUCGAUGAUAACAGAUCCAUGCGAGCCAGGAACCACGGAAGACACAUCACAUCAUGUUUUGAAAAGUAUCAAAAUACUCAUCGAAAUGUCAAAAAGAUUGAAAGAAAAAGAGCGAGAAAGCGAUUCGCUGCGAACCGAAAACGAGAAUCUUUUGGAAAAAAUCGAAAAAUUCGAAAAAUCAAAGAAUUCCGACAGCCACGAAAAGAGAUUCGCCAUGAGAAAACUAGAAGAGGCUGAAAAUCGUCUGAAAACUAGAACAGAGUAUUUCGAUAAGGAACGAAGUAUUUUCGUGAGAAAUAUGGAAGAAAUGAGGCGUCGAAUGGAGGAUUCGGAGAGUUUUAGGAGAUUUAAUGAGAAGGAAAUCGAGGAAUUACGAAAAAUUAUUGAGAGAAUUCCAUCGAAUGUUCGAAUGGAAGCGGUGUGGAGUCCGGUUGAAAAGGAGACGAUGGAGACGUUGAAAAGGGAAAAUAAAGAGAUCACGAACGAUUUGAAAUCGGCGGAAUUCCAACUGACAUUGCUGAAAAGUCAGCAACAAAUGGUGGCAGAUGUGUUGGCGACAGAGCAAAAAGAGAGAGAAACGGCUGAAAAUCAAGUCAGAGAUUGGAAAAUGCUCUUGGAACAGCAAGAAUCUCAACUAUACCAAGAGCAAGCUUACAUCCGAGUGUUGGAGCAAGAGACUCUAGAAAUCGAUUAUUUGAGAAGCCAAAAUCAAAUUCUGGCGGAAGAGAAUUUGAAUCUGAAAUUGAUGGCUGAAAAUCAGGCGAAAGAACUCGAAAUUCUGUCGAAAAACUCGGAAAAAUCCGAUAAAACUGAGUCGCAACUCUUCAAAAACCUCGAAAAACUCACUCAUCGCAUCUCGGAGCUCCACGAAGGACGUCGACUCGAGCAGAUUCCAGAAUCCCUGCGUUCAGAAGCUCCGCCUAAAUUUCAAUCCUCUGAAACUUUCUAUCAAAUCGCAAAACUUCUGAAUAUCAUUCUAGCCGGCCAUACAGUUCCACCGAAACUAAUUUCAGACUUUUGGAAUUUUCUAGUGAAACGAGCGGAGUUGACAGAGGAAGUGAUUGAAGAGAAGAUUCGAGAAGUGGAGAAAAUGAAGGGGGCGGAGUUUCAGAGGGUUGAGGAGCAGUUUCAGAAGGAAAAGAUGACGAUGAAGGCGGAGUUUGAUCGAUUGAAUGGGAUUAAGAAGAUGGAGAAAAUGGGCAAUGAGACGAUCCCACCUGUACCGGAUACCAAUAUGUCAUCCCUAGCACUCCGCUUCAAUUCUCAACCUGCCCAGCCUGAAGAAUCAGAAUCUGUAGAAGCGGCGGUGCAAAAACUGAAAGAAAUCAAGAAAAUGGCAGUGUGUCCCAGAUUUUCGGCUCCAAAAUCGAAAAGUGACGAUGGAGUCAAAAAUUGGUCGUCUUCUGACAUGGAGUCAGAAGAACACGAACGAUCGGAAGCCGAGUUGCGGUACAAAUUGAGAAAAAUCGAGUUGGAAUUGAUGGCGGAGAAGGAGGAAAACAAGAUGAGAUUGGAGAAAAUCGAGAAAUCGAUGAAGAGAUCGGAGACGCGGGAGAUCAGAAUGUCACGAAGUGACGUCGUCUACGAAGGAGUCGUCUACCACGCCCACCCAGAAGACCCAAAAGACAAAAAUUGGGUUUUGAAUCGAUUUUUGAAGAAUGAUAUGUAG